GUUCGACAUUUGACGGUGCAAUGGUGAUUACCAAUAAAAAUUGAAUUAUAAAUGUAAAACAUAAUUUUACUCGACACUUGUUUAGUUGAAAUUUUUGAAAAACAAAUAUUAUCUUAUUUGAUUUAUUUGAUUUUUAUUAAACAUUUUUUACUCAGAUAGGUACAGCCAAGCUGCGAAAAAAUUAUGUGUUUUAGAACAAGCAUAGGUGACUUUAUUGUAUCAGUGUUUAUUGAAUACCUAAAAGAGUAAAACAUAAUAUAAUAUUUGUAAAUCAUUGAAAUUGGAAACAUUUUAAAGGUAAUCGAGAUUAAUAUAAAUUACUUAUUAGUUUUAUUAAUUAUUAAUUUUGUUUUUCUAUUUAAACUGAAUUAACCGUACAUUGAAUAUUUUCUAGUCCAAUUCCCACUUGUAGAAUGGUAUCCAGAGGAAGUAAAACAAGAUUUAUUGGAUUCAUAUGUAUGGUUUUGGUUUUUUCGGCAAUACUAUAUAUAUUUCAUGAAACUCAUUCAGAGUUAGAAGAUUAUCGUCAAUCUGCAUCUUCAUGCACACAUCAUCUAGAAUCAAUUUCAUCACAAUUGCAAAGUAAUAUAAAGUAAAAAUUGAUAUUUUUAUGUUUACUUUGGCAGGAAAUAGUUUCUGAGUGUACUCUUAUUAUCAACAAAGGUAUUUUUUUUUCUAUAGUGGCGCUUUUUAGUGUUUGAAACAAAGUUCUGAAAUACAUCUAAUUUUAGGAGAAACUUUUUAAUUCAAUUGAUAGCGUUGAUAGAUUUCCAUCAUAGUAAAAAAAAACCAGGGAGGGGUGUAACUUUAUAUACACUACUUACCUUACGUAUGAUUUAUAAAAAGUUUGGACUAUGAAAUGAUCAACACAAAAUAAAUAGGUAUCAGUAAGUUAUACUAAUUAAUACUAAACAAUUUAAAUUGAAUUAUAUUUAUUGGUUAGAGUGAAAGUUAAAUUGAUUGUAUGUUAUCAGCUUUUGCUUAAGGGAAAAUAGGUUGACACCACUUUUAGGUUGUGACUUUUUCUCUUACCUUACCAUGAUGUGGUUUUUCAUUUAACCAUGACAAUACAGUUGCCUGUGAUUAUAUGACAAUACUGAUAGCAUAUUUAUUUUAUACAUGUAAAUAAUUUUUAAUUAUGCAAAGUGGAACAAUCGGGAGUUUUUAAUACAUUAUAAAAUGACAUUAACUGGACCAUGUUUAAGGUAUAUGAUAUUUGUAUAAAUUGUAUGAUGAUUUAAUUAUUACUUAAAAUUUAGGGGUUGCACUAUUCUAGGCACCAAUGUAAAUAUACAUAUUUAAUUACAAAUUUGAAACAAAAAUUUAGUACCUAUAACUUAUACCAAAUUCUGCUAAUCACAAAUCAAAUUUAUUUUUAAAUUAUUUUAACUUAUCUUAUUUAGUUGUUGUUGAAAACAAAUUGAAGUUAGAGAGAUCCUUAGAAGACGAAAAAAAUGAACACAUGAAAACAAAAGAAGAACUUAAUGCAAGAAUUCUAGAUGAGAAACAAUUGCGUGACAAACAAAAUCUUGAAGCUGUGAAUCGUUAUAAUGAUUUAGACCAAACUCGUGCAGCAUUAGAAGUAUACUUAUUCAUAAUAUGUUUAGAUAUAUCAUUGGGUUCUUUACACUUUUUUUAUUACAUUUUUUUUGUCUUUAAGAAAUCUCAUAAAAAUGUAUAUUAUUAAUAGGGAUUUCAAUUACAGACAAAUCUGUUUCACAGUAUAAAAUAAUUAUAGAGGAUGAAAUUAAAAGUAUAAAACCAAAAAUAUCUUUAAGAGGACGUUAUACCCACAUUUACUGUUUUAGUUGAACUACGGGGUAACAUGCAAAAACAACGCUUACACAAAAUAAGUAAAACUAGUUUAAUUUUGAUUUUAAAGUAAAACUACUUAUUAUGAAAUUUAUAGAAAGCAAUAUUUUGGAGGGAAUGUUAUAGGCAUUUUUUGAACUAUGAACUAUGAACUAUUACAAAAGUUACAGUUAUUUUUUAUCGAGUAGUAUAUUUUGAACAAUACAAAAACCCUAUGACAUUCCCUCCAAAAUAUUGUUCUCUAUAAAUUUCAUAAUUGGUGCAUUUAAAAAAUCUAAAAUCAAAUUUAAAGCACUUUUACUUAAUCUGUAUAAGUAUUGUUUUUGCAUGUUGCCAGGUAGUUGGACUAAGACAGUGGAUGCAGGUAUAACGUUCUUUUAAAUCAAAUACCAAACUAUAUCUUAGAUCAUUUUUAUCAUAUAUUUAUUUUAUAUUAAAAUAAAACUAAUUAUUAUAGCUGUACAAAUAAAAUAUAUUAUAAAAUAUCUCGUUAUGCUCAGAAUCUAACACAUUUAAUAAGUUUGAAAUAAUACAUUAUAAAUUAUAAAGUUGAUUGACUACUUGACAUGAUUGAGUUUUCUCAAUUUUGAGUCAAGUAAAUACUUUUAUUUUGCCAUUACUUAGAGAUAUUGUCCUUUGUAACCAGAUAUAUUAGUGAAGUAAAAUAAUAAUUGGCUCAGUUAUUAACUUUACAGGUAUAACACAUUUGAAAGAUUAUAAUAUUUAUAUUUGUUUUUAUUAAUUAUUAUUCACGUAAGAAGUAAAAUAGAAAAACUGAAUUUUGUAUAAACUAAUAUAUUUUAUUUUAUUUACUAUAAAUUUUAUAGAAAGAAGAAAAAGAGAUACGAGAUGAAUUAGAAAUGUUAAAAACAAAUUUCACAGAAGAAAAAAGAAAAAAAGAUCUACUUCAAAAAAACUUUAAUAUUGCAAUAAGUCAAAUAACAAAUCUCAAGGUCUUUAAACAUUAUUUUUGUUUACUGAAUUUUUAUUUGUUUGUGUAUAUAUAUAUAUAUAUAUAUAUAUUUGUUAUUUCAGAAAGAAAAUUCCAAACUAGAGAAUUAUCUAAAUAAUAGUAGUUUACAAAAAUCAAAUGAUUUUCCAGUCGUACAAUUUAUUCCAAAGUCAAAUGAAAAUAUAAAUGCUACAAAAGUAUACUGAAUAUAUAAUAAUUUAUUGCUUUAUUUAAUAACUACUAUAUAAAAUUAUGUUUUAUUAAAGUCAACUUCAGUGACUCCUGCAAUUAAUCCACAAGCUAUUGAUGGAGUUAUAGUUAAAAGUUCAACACCAAUGGUAUAUAUUGUAAAAAUAUAAAGUUGAUUACGAAAAUAGAUUUUUUAAUUAAAUUAUGCAAUUUUAUUUUUUUAAGAUCAAUUUAGAAGUAUCUCCUAAAAAUGAAUCUCCUGAGAAGCCUAUUGAAAAUGUAAUAAACUUAAAAAUUAUAUUUAUUUUUAUUUGUGCAUUUAUUAUUAUAUAAUAUAUUUAAUUAAUAUAAUAUACAUCAUUUUAAAAUUGUAUAGAAUGAAGCUAAUCCAAUUAAUCAACCAAGUAUGGAUAUCGACUCUGCUAAUGAAUUGAAUAAUGUUUUAAUAGGUCAAAAAGAAACUAGUCCUCCAACACAAGUAAAAAAUAAGACAUAUUUAUUAAAAAAAAAAAAAACAAAUUUAAUACAUUUUUUGAAACCAAGAGAUUUUUUUUGUAUUAUUUAGGAAUCUCAAGUUGGUGAAAAUGAACCUAUGAAGGCUCCACCUAGAGAAACAAUUAUUAAAAAAGAACAUAUUAUAAACAAGUAAUAUCAAUUUAAAAAAAAAAAAUACAUUUUCAAAAUUAAUUAAAUUGUAUAAAUUAAAUUUUAGUAGUGAAGAAGAUAAACUAUUGAAGCAAAAAAAUAAUGCAUAUAAAUAUGAUUAUGAACAAGACCACUUUAAAGAAGAUGGUGAGAUGGACAGUAUGCAUGCUAUUUUAGAUUUUAAGAGAAGAGAGGAAGUCAUUAGCUUUAAUAUGUCAUAUUGCUUUUGCUUUUUUUAUUGCCUGGUGUGUAUGUUAUGGGGGCAGAAGAAGUUGUUAAAAUUAGAAUAGUAGUUUUAUAGAAAAAAUAAUAUAUUAAAUAGUUUUUUUUUUUUUUUUUAAUUACAAUGCAGUUUUUUUAAAAAGGUUUUUGAAAACUAGUGGACAAAUAUAUAAGACAAUUAUAUUAAUUUUCAUACAGCUUCAAAUAUUUUUUCCGAAUGUAAUAAUUGUUAUAUUUUGUCUAUUAUCAUACUUAAAUAUUUAUAAUAAUAUACUAUUAUCUCAGGUGAGAAAAAUGAAACAACUCUCUAAAAUUUUUUUUAUGUUUAUGUCUAUCUGUCUAUUAGAUGAAAUAGUUUUCUAUGCUUAUAAGAAAAUGACAAUUGACAAUGGAUUAGAUUGGAAACCCAUUAUUUUUCUAUUGAUUAAUUUAUUUGUUUUGUACAAUAGCAAUCUUAUUCAUACAAAUAUAAAUUUAAACAAAAAUUAUUUUAAUUGCAUGUGUUGCGGGAUUAUUACAACAUUAUAUCAUUUUAAGAUACAUCCUAUGGAAGGUAGAUUGUGUUAUUUUGAGAGAGAUUUGAUAGAAUAGUGAAACCCAUAAGGAAUACUAUUUUUUUUGAAAAUAAUAUAAUGCAUUUUUAUUAAAGUAAAUACUUUCUUAUUUAAAAUAACAUUCAAUAUUUUGCAUGUUUACAAUAUAACUAUUAUUAUAUUUAAUUUAGUUGAAAUAUUUUAUAUUGACACAUUUUUUUUUUUGUUUAUAUGUACAGAAGAUGAUGAAGACAUGAAUGAUUUUGAUGCUAGAGAAGAUAAUCAACAUAAACGGAAAUAAUUUUAACAGAUUACAAAUUAUUUAUUCAUUUUAUUAUUUUUUUUAUACAUAAAUCUAACAUUAAUAAAUAAUUGUAUGUAUACUGAAUUAACAUGUGACCAAUAAUUUUUCAUAAACUUCAGUUUUUUAUUUUUAUAUUACAUUUAACCCUAUCAAAUAUCUACCUUAUUA